UGAGGGUACCGGUAGCGUCAAAGUUACCGGUAAAGACUGAUUCGCUCUGGUCUAACGUGUGGAUAUAUUUGUGCGUAGCUCUCUUGUUCAGUUAACCAUGGUUUAAUGACCACGGUUUGGUGAGAAAAAUAGAAAAUGGGAAACAAGAACAGCACCCCAGGCGAGUUUGUGCAACUGCAUCGACAGAAUUCGUGUCUUAAAGUCCAUUGGGAGAUGGAAAGAUUGGAGGAUGAUAUAGUAGUUGUGGAAAUUUUUCGUGAUAACGAGUCAUUGAAAACAAUGUAUGUCAGGGACACAGAAAUAAAUUUUGAGUAUAAAUCUGCUGCGAUCUAUCGUGUCUCUGUGGGAAGAAAUGAAAACAAUAAAAGGCUGCUUUCCCAGAGUGUUAGCAUAGAGCCAUCCAAUAUUGUAGAUUUGUGUGUUGAUCAAGACAAUGGCAUAAAAAUAAAAUGGAGGAAACAAAAAAAUGAAAACGUCGCUUUUACCUUUGUACUUCUGCUUGACAAUAAAGUAGUUGAUACAAUAAGAAACCUUGUUCAACCAUGUUAUCAACGCAGUUAUAAACAUCUCAAGCGUGGUCUUAUCUAUUCGUACAAAAUCUGGGCAAAUUUUGAUGACCUUCCUGGCAAAACUUUACAAAGGAAAUUCAAGUUUGUGGGUGAUCUUGUGGCAACUUGCUACACAUUUUACAAAAACAACAAAAUUUCAUUUCUCUGGACUCUCAUCCCUUUUGGGAACGAAUGGAAUGAGAAAUUCGGAAAAAAGGGAUUUCAACUGAAUGAUCAAAUCACAUGGAAAUUGCAACUCAAACCCGGGAAACAAUAUCAGUGCUCCUUAGUAUAUCCUGACUCUGACAGUAGGGAGCUCACUAUCUCAAAUGGAAGUUACACUAUUUCUUAUGAAGAAAUCUACCAACAAGGAUUUAUUGAGCAUCAGUGUGAAAUUGAAGUCUCGCAAUUAGGAAAAUAUCAUUUGGAACAUGUACUUGUAAGAAAAGAAAAGAAAAAAGUUGAGAAAAUCGAAUGGAGUAAAACCCCAAAUAAAGUCACCAACGUGAAUUUGCUCCUAAAUAACGGUAUGAAGGUGACAUGGCGUGAGCAACGAGAUGUUAAAUACAACUUGAUUCUGUCAUUUGAAGAUGAAGUAAUUGAUGAUGUACGAGGCAUAGUCAAUCCAUGUUACCAGCGUAGCUUUCGACAGCUAAUGCCAGGUAGAAAAUGUGAUCUCGAAAUCACGGCCAACUAUUCCGAUGUGUCUGGACAAGCAUACAAAACAAGUUUUGAAUAUGAUGGCAAACUCUCUUUACUCUACUACAUAUUCCAACGAGACGAUGAAAUUGUGGUUUUGUAUGUGAUUGACCAUUUAAAAAAUCUAGCAAAUACAAAGAUUUCCAAACUAAAAAAAGAGGGAUAUGAGCAAUGUGACGAAAGACUGCGGCAUAUAAAGCUGUAUCCAGAUUCGGAAUACAAGUGUCGUAUUGUCACCAAUUCCCGGCAUCUCAAUUUCUCUCCAGAUGUUCACUCCUUGUGUUAUGAAAAUAUAUUCAAAUAUGAAUGCCAAGAGUUCAUUACUACCAUUACAUCAGAGGCUGGUGGUGAAUACAAUCUUCAGUAUGAGAUUCUAUCGACAAACCCAGUAGUUACAAGCUUCAAAUGGAAGCAAGCCAAAUUUGAAUCAUUCGAAACUGUUUCUGGAUACGACACUAUUGGCAGUAAUCAAUUGGUGCUCUAUGAUUCUAUGGGGCGAGCAAGUAUAAGAAGCUUACCAUACAACUCAUUGCGGCCGACAAUAGAUCAGUCAUGCUCAGACAUUAUGAAUAUAUUUGGACGAAUGAGCGCUAAUCAAAGUUGGAUUGUUGAAGUUAAUUUAUGGAAGAAAGAGCAUGAGAUAGUAGCAGUUCAUGGAAUUACGGGGAGAUAUCAGAUUGGCACUAUUAGGAACCAAUAUUUUCAGAAUGGUUUUGUGGAAAUAAAAGCUGAUCCUUUUAGAUUUACAUUAGGUGUUGGUUUCCAAUGUGUAUCCCAAAUUUCUUGCACUGGUCAGGAUGAUGUGAAAGUUGUGCCAAUAGAUGGACGCCCCUUCGAUGUCUCUGAUUUUCAAAAUCCUUUCCACGGUCUUUACUUUGCUGUAAAUUUCGUCUGCAGUCCCAAGCGAAGUGGCUGUUAUACAAUGAAGUAUUCUCUGAUAGAUCGGACAAGUGGCGGCAACCACCGGCCUUACUUUUUUAGGAUGGAAUUCAAAGACAAAAGCUAUAACCAAGCUGGACGUGGCUUUAUCAUUAACCACGGAGAGAUAGGAAAUAUAACUUUGGACAACAACAGUACCAAUGUCUGACGAAAUGAAAUAAAAAUCAGCACUACUUCAUAUUUACGAUCUUCAGACAACUAUGCAGUGUGAUAGUCAAUUAAAAUGGAACACACACACCACAGAAAUUCGUAGGAAACUGUCAAGAUCAGUAGGGAUUCUGGGUAACCCUUGACAAUAUUUACAAAAUUCCACCCUGAGUACUGUUUACCUUUCUCUCCCAUAUUCAAUAUGCCUUAGCUACUUGGGGCUCUAUAACUCAAUCAAUCAGGCGCUCCAGAAGUAUGUGUACCUAUAUGAAGGUAACUAAUUUUGUUCGCCUACUUUACAUCAAGUUGUGUGAAGGGACUGAAACCUAUGGGCAGGGGUAUAUUCACUUGCUAACACAGACAGUCUCCGAACUCAUAAUAGAACUUAAAUAAGGAAAAUUGAAAUAAAAUUAUGGCCUAACUCUAACCUGGUACACAUACUACGGGAGUACCAUCGAACAUGCAUAAAUUUGAAGUUUCACAAAAUGGAGCCGUCAGCAUCCCUGUUUGAGCACCAUUUCAUUCGAAUUUGAACUCUUUUUACUGUAAAAUUAGAGUGCUUAGAUUGACUGAUAUCCAAAGGGCUACAAGUUUAGAAAAUUAUUCAUCAAUUUCAAAACAACCAAUUGCCAGCAUCACGAUUAGUUCAAUGCAUGAACAUAACAAUCAUUCCGCAACAAGGUUUUUUUUGCAUUGUACCUCACAUCUCACUCACCAAAUCUCAGAAUUCCCUGAAAUUCAUAGUUUGGAAAUUCUAAUUUGGAAUAACCUAAACUAAAGCCUACAUGAGUAUCUUAGGUCACAUUCAAGGUAAAAUAAAAAAAUCAUGAUUUUCCUACCUUCCAGUCUAGUUUGCUAAGUGGCCCUUCCAGCAUUACUUUGUUCGUGCAAUGAGUUUACUCGACUUCAUCCACAGCUCUUGUGUCAAAUUUACCUGGAAUAAAUAUUUUAUGAAUUUUUAAUAACCACAAUUUUUAAUGAUUAUUUGGCGCAUUUCUCAUCGAUUUCUUGAUAUACUUUUCAUGAGGUAUAUAGUCAGAUAUCUGUGGAGGUACAAAUAUGCUUUUUUAAAAAACAUACAAUGUACGGCAGCAUAUUCCAAAAUUCUGGUCCCAAUUGUUUGAUAGCGUAAUAAUCUUAUUAUGUUGAUAAAGAAUCAAGUUAGGCCAACUAUGCCAUAUGCACUUGUCAUUCCAUCACAACAGUAUUGUUAUAUUAUUAGUUAAUUUUAUUUGAAUUCCUGUAAUUUAGUGAGUUUUUUUAUUCUGCAUGAAUUGCUCAAUUGUAGUACAGAACCGUUGUAACUUCAAAUUUUUGUAAUUCAAUGACGGAUGUCCUGCAUGUAUUGACUAAUUGUAAUAUGGUACUAUUAUAACCUACUUUUGGUUUAGUUUUUUUUAUCCACUGCCUAGAACUGUUGAUAAAUUUCAGCAUUUAUUCUUUCUCUUUCACUAUUUCCUUCAUGUACAAAUUCGUCUCCGACGUUCAAGAGCGCAGCUUUGUAAUUUAGAUCCCAUCAUAUUGUCUGAUAAUGUCUACUACACCAACGUAGUAUCAUGGACAGCUCAGGGGUGCACAAGGUUUUGCCAAUAUGAACAAUAUUUACGUUGUUACUGAAACAGAAGUUGAAAACAUUAAGCCUUGUGCCAAAACUAAAUUUAAUCGCAAUCUCAACAAAUUCCUUGAGCUAUUUUUUUGGCCCCAGAUCAAAAUUUGGUUUGUGGGAGCAUCAGGCAGGCCAGAUUAAAUUACCCAACGGGCCAAAUUUGGCCCCCACUUCGUAGUUUGUCUAUGUCAGAACUAGCUCGUGCAUACUACCCCUUAAUUAGUGAUUAUCUGUGCUGUAUUUGUUAUGGUUAUCUGCCAGUCGGCGCCGACAUCGAUUAUUAAUGUAUAUAUUUUGUGUCGAUCAUUGUUGUAGAUUGAACGAUUUUUCCUUCAACAUUAUGUUUUUUUAUUCAUAACUAACUAUCCUCUUUUGUACUACUAAUGUUGUGUGCUCUAUUAAUGGUGCUACUGUAUAUAUCAUUUUGC